AUGGCAGUGGGUGUGGAGGUGCAGACGGAGGCCGACUCCCGCACUGGUGGCACUUACCUUGCUAGGGCGGCUGACUUCAAGCGACAGUCAGGCAUUGACGACUUCACUUUCCCGGCGCUGUUUGCCCGAAGGGCCAAGGCCUACCUGGAGAAGCAUCCUGAGGUCAAGAUGGACGAUCUAGCUGCGGUGGGCGUGAAGGCCUACGCUAAUGGCAACAAGAACCCUUUAGCGCACAUGCACACUGUCAAGUUGCCGCUAGAGAAGGCCGUCUCGGGCCCUGAGUUCCUCAAGAAUGAGGAGCUCAAGCCUUUUGUGCGAGCGACGCACUGCUCCCAGGUCUCUGACGGCGGCGCUGCUGCCAUAUUCGUGUCGGAGGAGGGCCUCCAGAAGUGCGGCCUCAGCAAACACGACGCUGUGGAGAUCGUGGCAGCAGACUAUGGAGCAGGCGACCUGUGGUCCGAUCCGGCGGACCUGGCUGUGAUGGACACCACCAAAGCCGUGGUCUCAAGGAUGCUGGCAGCUGCAGGCGUGAAACCAUCUGACCUGGAGGUGGCUGAAGUCCACGACUGCUUCGCCAUAGCGGAGAUCCUGAUGUAUGAAGCGAUCGGCCUGGCGCAGCCCGGAAAAGGCACAGAACUGGUGAAGUCUGGCGCCACUUCUUUGGAGGGCAAAAUCCCCGUCAACACAGGUGGCGGUUUGAUCUCCUUUGGCCACCCGGUCGGCGCAACUGGAGUCAAGCAGGUCCUGGAAAUCUACCGACAGAUGAAGGGACUUUGUGGAGACUACCAGUUGAAGUCCCGGCCAAACCUUGGUCUUUGCGUCAACAUGGGCGGCGAUGACAAGACCUGCUCCGCGAUGUUGCUUCGAAAUACGGCUCCAGCAAGCAAACUGUGA